UCUGAAACUCAGAACUCUUCAUGGUUUUCACAUCCUCUUUUAGGAAUUUUUAUUUAUUUUGGAAAAUUUGAUUCCUAAAAUGAGUUUCCUUAUGUAUUCCUAAUGUCAUAUAUUUCUCUUUGAAUGGAUUUAUUUGUCUGUAUCGCCUUUUGAAAACAUCGUUCUAGAGAAAUGCAAAUUGUUUCAAGGUUCGACACGACCUUGGUCACUUGGGUAAUACCGCUACCUUAUCAAACUAAUAUAUACAAAAAGAAAGACCAAAAGAAACGAACGCACAAGAAAGUCACGUUCACCUCUGGUAUAGCUAUCCUUAAAAAAAUCGUUAGUUACAGGUACUUAAAACAAAAAGCUUUAUCAAUAUAAAAAUUAGAAUUUGUACAUCCUAACAAGAAUCAAAGUUGAAUAGCAUUUUCACAAACAAAGAAUAAACUAAUUAACAUAGAAGCUGGACUUCCUAUAACAUUCACUGGCAAAUUCACACUAGUCAUCUUACCCACGAUCGAUCAACUGACAGCAGUAAAGGAGAUAAUUUUUUUUCUUCUCAUCCCUCAAACAACAUAUAAGAUUUGUCUUAUUAUUCAAACAACAUCUAGAUUAGAUCAAGUUGCAUAAGUUCAGAGAUGUAUAAGUCUACAGAAACAAGACGAGGAAUUAGUUAAAUUUUCUUCGUUUUCCGUUUGAGUCUCUCUAAUAUGCAUAGCAAUAUAAAAACUUAAAUUGAGAAAGUGACCCGAAUAUUGUAAAAUAAAAUACUGACUCUCACUUGUAACUUAUAGUAUCAGGUUAUAAAACAUUUUUACACGGCUAUCGCAUGUUAAUAACGAUUUGGGUUUACUCAGAAGUAAUUAAUAGUUCAAAUAACAAGCAUAAAAGAUGUUCGUUAUCAACGAAAAAAAAAUGAGAAGAGGUUUGUCUAGAGAGUUACAUCGUAAAUGAGUGUUUCAAGGAACACGUGCAAAUAACUUUAGGCAACGGUAGGUCCUUAAUAUUAUACAUACACAUUAGUGGAGACUUUAGAAGCAUUAUAACAUGACAGAUCGUACGUCCAUUUCACAUAUUCUUCCCCCAUGAUUUCAUAUGAUUUUCUCUAGCCCUAUUGCUUUAAUUUUCUGCACUCUUUUGGAACUUCCUCUCAUUAUUUAGUCCUCCUAAAGAAUUCAAGUUUCAUUAACAUUCCUUAACGAGACGUCGUCAUUAGUUUAUGCCUUAUGGUAAUUAUGACUUAAAAGAUUUGUUUAUGUAUUCAUGUUUAUAUUUCUUAUUUAUAAUAUACCAAAGGUUGACAUCAGAUAUGUACCAACAAAUUACGUUUUGUUACAACAUUCAAAUAUUACAAAUCUUCUAACAUAAGUAUUCUUAUUAGAUGCACCUUUUGAUUUUUUUUUUUUGUUUGGUUUCUUUCAUUGUCACUGUUAAAAUUGCAUAUGAACACUAUAUAUGUUACAGAAUGAAUCAGUAUUAUUAUCACUGUCGAAUUUAUGUAUACAUAAUUUUUUUUUUUUUUGACUAAUACAUAAUUUGUUUUGGCAGCAACUUUAUAUCUGUUGAACUUAAUUUGCUAUUCUUGACGUUGAUUCAAAAGGUGAACUUUUCCAAAAGGGUCUAGACUUCAUUUUGAAAAAAAAUAUAUUAAAGUUUAGUAAUUUAUAUACUCAUAUGAUAUAUAUCACCAUAACGUUUGAAAAAAUUGACGAUCUCGACAAAGAAAAUGACGAUAAUACAUCAAUUAAGAUUGCUUCCCAUGCAAACUUUCUUCGUCUCCUAGAAAAUAGUCAUUUUGUUUUUUUGGUCACUAACUAAGAUAAGUUUAUUUUUAUUUUCUUAAUCCACUUUAACGAACACGUCUGCUCACAAGAUACCGACACAGAUUAUACUAGUAUUUUGACCAACACUUUAUAGGAUUUAUUAAUAUGUGAAUGCGAUAAGCAUAUAUUUUGUUGGCGUAAAUUCAAGAGGAGAGAUCGCUCGUAUAUGUUCCUCUAUCUAGGUCAUCAUUUGAACCAUCCAUUUAUUUUGUUAUAGUUUUGUUAGGAUUCCAUAUUGUAAAGUUAAAAUAACAUAAAAAGGAAAUUAAAACAUUAAAAAAAAAUUCAAUGAUUAUCAAUUUUUUGAGUUUCUUAUAAAACUUUUUGUUUGUUUUGAGUUCAAAAUCUAUAAAAGGAUAAAUAGCAUUCUAUAUAUUUAGAGCGACUUUUUUCAGACCCGCUGGUAUUUGCCUCAUGAUGUUGCGUAUGUUAAUUAUAGUUAACUAACAAGGAGCAUUGGUCUAUAUAUUAUAUAAACUCAAACCAUGUAAAAGAACAAAAUACAGAAAAUAACCGUUUGUAAAUUGGUCCCCACAAAAUCUACAACAUACGUACGUACAUACUUUACAGACAGUUGAAAACAGCUGUUCAUCUAGAUUCAUGUGAUUAUUUUUUAAAAUUAAGGUGAAUCCAAUAUCUUCUCUUGAAUAUGUAUGGAUACGUUUAAAUUUAUAAUUAGUCCGACUCCGAGUGCACCGCAUGCUUGAUUUACGAAUCACAGAUUACUGACCGCGUUUCUGUGAACGCUGCUUAAAACAUAUAUUGAUAUCUAUGAAUUUCUUUGUAUCUCCAUCUUCUAAUUUUCAUGAGGAAAUUGUGAAUUGUACUGUAGAUGUAGUAUCGUGCAUCUCAUCAUUCACCAAGUCUAUCGUCAUCUUACGUACCUUCUACAGUAACCUUUGAUAUUAUACUUGACUCCACAUCAAAAGUACGUAAAGUUAAGCUACUAGUUUUUAAUCUCGUAUUUAACGUAUGGUAUAUUAAUGAACUCUUCAUUACAUGCCACUCUUUGGCCUCUCCCUCAAAAUUUUAUUUUAUUUUUCUUUAAAAAAUGACAAUGUCUUGUCCAUAGAGAUUUUUAAGGUCGAGGGUCAUAGUAGCGAUGUGGGCUUGCUUCCUACAUUGCAGUUGACAUGUUGAUCCCACGUGGGCCCUACUUCUACCCAAUAGCUACGUGACCUGGUCCCACCUCUUGUCACAACUCACAACCUUUUACUAUUUAUUUCUCCCGCUGUAAUUACGAUAUACUACCAAAGAGGAGCAAAUGAAGGACCUUUUUAUCUUCGAAUAAUUAGAUUAAGAGACCUUAUCUAUCUCAACCUUGUCUUUGUGAAUUAUAAAUUGAAUUGUUUUUAAUUAGUGAUUUUUGGCACUUUAUUGUUUUUUAUUUUUAUUUUAUAUCAAACCGUCAUGCUAUUAUUUUUUGGUGCUUUUUUAUAUUUGUAUAAUCGGGAGGUUUUAUUAAGUCGGACAGAACAUAAAAUGGUUGUGAUGAAAUGUAAACUCUAGAGUCUCAUACGAGCUAACAAAUUGUGGCAAACACAUUGAAUUUUGAUUAUGCGAUUGGGUGCACUGGUCGGUGAAAUCAAUCGAAUAGCGUAUUCGAAAUUGUUGUUAAAAAAAAAAGGGUAUUCGAAAUUUCUUUGCACGUCGACAUGCCACUAUUAGCUUAUAUUCCCUAUGUUUCAUUAUUAGUAACAUUUUAGGACAUAAAUUAAAAAUAAUUAAAUUUUCUGUUUUACCUUUAAAAUGGAUAAACAAUACUUAAAAAUAUAAAAUGAUAUUUAUAAUGAAACAAAUUUUAAAAUCUAAAAUGACAUUUAAUAUUAUCUUAAAAAUGUAAAAUGAAACAAUUUUUAAAAUUUAAAACAAUAUUUAAUAUGAAACAGAGGAGGAAGUAGAGGAGGAAGUAGAUGGUAAUUUUUCAAAGAACUAUAUUAGCCGGGAAUUCCAUUGGGGAAUAGAUAACAGACAAAUCAGAAUUAUUAAAAUAAGUUCUUAAAGGCUCGUAUGUUUAUUUGUAAGUGGCGGCACAUGCGAACGGAUGAUGACAUCAUGGAAACACCAAAUAUCCAAGAAACACAACUAGUACUUUCCAAUUCAAAAGAAAAACUUAUUAGAAAGAGAAUAAAAAAGUGAGAGCAAUGGGACACAUGCAUUCUCCUCAUGCAUGAUUUAUUUUUGCCAGUUUAUGUCAAAGGUACACACACAUGUAUAUAUAAACACACAGUAGUUAGUUAUAAACUCGUUCUAUCAUCUUCUUCUUCCUCCCUCUCUCCUGUCUUUAACAAUGAACAUAUCAGUAAACGGACAGUCACAAGUGCCUCCUGGCUUUAGGUUUCACCCGACUGAGGAAGAGCUCUUGCAGUAUUACCUCCGCAAAAAAAUAUCUAACAUCAAGAUUGAUCUCGAUGUUAUUCGUGAUGUUGAUCUCAACAAGCUCGAGCCUUGGGAUAUUCAAGAGAUGUGCAAGAUUGGAACAACCCCCCAAAACGAUUGGUACUUCUUUAGCCACAAGGACAAGAAGUAUCCCACGGGAACAAGAACCAACCGAGCGACCACAGUCGGAUUCUGGAAAGCAACCGGACGUGACAAGAUCAUAUACAGCAAUGGCGAUAGAAUCGGUAUGCGGAAAACGCUUGUCUUCUAUAAAGGUCGAGCCCCUCAUGGUCAAAAAUCCGACUGGAUCAUGCACGAAUAUAGACUCGACGACAAUCUACUAGUUUCCUCCUCUAAUCUUGACGAUGACGUCACUCUAGAAACGUGUGAAGUCAUAGGAGGAGACGAAGGAUGGGUGGUGUGCCGUGUUUUCAUGAAGAAGAGUCUUUGCAAAACUGUAAACAGCAGCCCGCCGAGAUCGAUCAAAACGCCGUCAUUCAACGAGGAGACUAUAGGCCAGUUUCUCGAAGUUAUGGAGCAAUCUUGUAAAGAAGAGACCAUUCUAGACCCUUUCUUGAAACUCCCCAACCUCGAGUGCCCCAACACCGUCGCGAGUUACCAGCGGUUGAUGGACGACCAAGUCAGCAACUGCCAUGUCAGUAAACUUGUGGAUCCCAUCACUAGCUGGGCCUCUUUGGAUCGUCUCGUUGCCUCGCAGCUAAAUGGGCCCAACUCAUAUUAUGAGAUCCCACAAUCACCGUUCCAUGGACUAAACCGGCCCGGUUAUUUCAAUACUGGUUUGACGCCUGAUUAUUAUAUACCAGAGAUGGAUGUCUGGAAUGACACAGAUUUCGGGAGAACGACGCCAUCGUCCAACUAGUUGUGCCACAUGUCCAACAUUAGUGGAUAACGGAAAAUGAAAGAGGAAGUGAUUACUAAUUACCAAAACAAAAAAACACUGUGUAGAAAGAUGUAAUAAUCAUAUCAUAGUAGUUGAAACAUUUAAGAAAAAGGUCAGACUUGUAAUAAUUACAGUGGUUAUGUGAAAUCAUUACAUAAAAUAAAAAUUCUCUGUGUGGCGUACAUUUUAUUUAAGGUUUUUACUUUAUAUAAGAAGAAUAGUUUUGCUAAUUAUUAUAAUCUUAACUAAUUUUGGAUGCUUAAUAUCAAAAGCAAUUACACUUUCGAUUGAAAAAUAUAAUACUGUGUCGCAUGACAAACGUAAAUUAUCAUAAUUUCAAGGGAUACAAAGUCAGAUCUUAUAAUUUUAUUCGUCGACAGAAUUGAGUUUUUAAUAAAUAAUUUUCUUUUACUUUUUAUGUUCAUUCUCUAUCGUUUUACCCUCGGAUUAGUGAAUAUUUCUUAGGAAAAUUAAGAUAUAUUGUUGGUUAAAUGCCUGUUAGCAUGUUGCUUCUUUCAUCAUUAGAAACAGAUUAAUAUAUAGCCCGAUUAAUCACCUCAUCAAACUUGGAUUAAGAUGCACCAAGUGCCUAAUGAGAGCUAACUAGCCUACCUAUCAAUAAUCUCUCUCUGAUUAGUAUUUUAAAUUUAAAUAAAUAAUCAACCAUUAUUGUUUGUUAUUGUUGAGUAAUCUUUUUCAGGGUACAUAAUCUUACUUUCGAAGAAAAAUGAAUUAUUCCAAUAUGAACUUUUUGUUUUAUAAUGUGUGUUUGGUGAUGUAGAAGGCAUAAAUACCCGUCCCGUUUUGAUUUCAUAUUCCACUUUAGCUUCACGGAGCUAGAUUCGAAUUAUUGUGAUCAGUUGAUCUUUGUUAUAAAAUAACAGACGUAACUUAUUUGUCCUAAAAAAAAAUUUACAUUUGAAAAUUGGAUUUCGAGGCAUCAACUUUUCUUUUUUUUUUGUUUUUUGAUCAAAUGAGGCAUCAACUUUCUUUGCUGAUCUUUUAGGAGGUACAAUAUGUUUCAAGUAAAACAAAUAUGUUUUAAGUAUGUGGGUUGUGUGGGGGCUUCUGCUUGGUAUAACUAUAUUGGACAAGGCCCAUACUGUUUAUAGUUUAGUAACGUCAUACCAAUAGAUGAUCUUGUCUGUGUCGCAAAUUUUUAAUUGUGACACCUUCUUGUCUGUGUCUCUCUUGAUUAUCCCCUUAAUGUUCGGUUGUGGUACGGAUUGGAUAUGACCAUUACGAAAAUAAACUGUACAUUACAAUUUACUACACAAUAUGUUAAAUCGACAUUUUUUUCGUCUAAUGUUCUUUAACAUCAAAAAAAUUAAUAGGACCAAGAGAAGGGUAGUAUUUUUCUAGAGGUAUGUUGAUUAAUGAUUAUUGUAAUAACCAUAAUUAAAAUAUAUAUAUAUAAAGGCUUUCCACUAGUGGCGACACACUCGACCGACAACUGAAUCCUAGCCAUUUAUUACACGCCAUGACUCAUGAUCGCUGAGUUUGAGUGGAUUCGUCUUCCACUUAAGCCACUUUGCUUACGGAAAUUUGGGGAAUCUCCAAAGUUCUAACAACUGUAUUUCUUAAAAUGUUUAUUCGACUUUUUGUUUCUUACUUUGAUGUAUUCGAACACACCAUAAUAUUUUUUAUCGCAGUUAUGCUACACAUAAGAUUCAAAUUGUAUAGAAAUUUUAAAGAAUGUGCCAUUUAACAGGUGAAAUACCGCGAUAGUGUAGCUUAUUAUUUUUUUUUUGGCAAAUGUGUAGCUUAUUAUUAUUAUUUUUAAAUGAAACUAUGAAAGUAUAAAUUGUCUCGGGACCGCUAGCGUCCUGGAUUCUUUGGUCUUUAUGGCUAGUUAGGAACAACCGCAUUUUCAACAACAAAGAUACCACGUAUGAGGAGGUGAUCACGAAGGCCACUGCUGCAGCUCAUGAGUGGCUAAGGGAGCAAUCUACGAUCCCAAAACCAAAGGUCACCGUUCCGACACCGAGCCAUCACGGACCCACAUCCUAUACAAGCAUUAAUUCUGAUGCUGCCUGGCGAUCGGACAUGCACCUAGCGGGCUUGGGGUGGACUAUAAAGGAAGGGAACCUCACUAGUUCUUUCCUGUCUCACUGCUACUUUGUAAACUCCCCACUGGUGGCUGAAGGUCUGGCCCUUCGGGAAGCAUUAACCUGCUGCAUCGCUAAGGGAAUCCGGGCUAUGCAUUGCAAUUCUGAUUCACUUCAAAUCAUCCGAGCUAUUAAUGAAGAAGCCCCCAUGCCUGAGAUCUAUGGCAUUGUCUCGGACAUUUUGAAUCUUGUAUUUGCUUUUGAUUUUAUUACUUUUGUUUGGAUUCAACGUUCAAACGACAAGGCUGUUGAUAUUCUAGCAAAGCAAGCCUUGUUGAAUGCACCUUUUGUAUCUCCUCCUAUGAAUCCUGGAGGUUAAAGUUUUUAAUGAAAGUAGUGUUACAAAAAUAAAUGGAAGUAUAAAUAACUAAAUCAUAACUCUCGCGGUGGAAGAAAAAAAAAACUAUAUUGUGCUAAGGCAUAUAUUACAAAACAUUGACACUGGAUCUUUCAAAUAUAAUUUUGAAUAAAUAGAGAUAUAUUUCAAGAAACUAUAUUGUGUUAGGCAUAUCAAUAACUUGUAUAUUAUAGUAGUAUUUAAACUUAUACUGAUAAAACAGAGUCCGACUAAUUUUUUAUAUAUUUUGUCUGCAAGUUUCUAUGGACAAAUAAUUUACUUUUCGAGUCAAUAAAUUUAAUGCCGACGUAGAAACCGGGCGUUACACUAGAAAUCUUUGAUUUUUUUCCUAACAAAUGGAAACAAUUUAUUUAAGCAAAAAAAAAAAA